GAGUUGUAUCUUGAAAUCUUGAAUGUCAAAAAAUUAUUGACAAUUUGUAUCGGAAACAGAAUUUAUGAAUUUUUCAAGGAGUUUUAAUUUUUAUGAAAACGUGUUGAAUUGUAAUUGAUAAUUCUGUUAUAACCACUAUGUGUUUACUAAGUAGUUAAGUUAUCUUAGUCGCAUUACAACAUGGCACGUCAUCGCAAUGUAAGAAACCGCAACUAUUCAGAUGAGUACGAUUACGAUGAUGUGUACGGGCACUCUGUUGAGGAAGACAGCUGCAUGUCUCCCAGCGAUGCGGAUCAGUGGUUGUACGACCGUUCCCGCAACCAGCAGGCCAUGUCUAACUUCCUAGACAGCCACAAUGAUAUCCAGGAAGAGACCGAAGAGCAGACCGCUGCUGCACAUCGGAGUUUAGAGCGACGCGAGUCUAUGGACCUGCGCGGGCUCAACUUAUCAGAGGAUGAUGAAAUAAAGCUCAUGUCGUGUCUGGACGAACUGAGGAACGUUUUAGGUGAUACAAUUCCUGAAAACAUUCUAGUGCAGUCUGUGCUUAAACACAGAUUUAACUAUGAUAAAGCUUUGGAUGAAAUAUUAAACAAUAAGGCUAAAGAAGACAAAAAUGUACCUGUAGUACCACUACCUCCUGUAAUUAUUGAACCUAUUAAAGCACCUGUAAUAGCUACAAUUGAUACUCCUAAGGUGAUAACUACAAAAAUUGAACCUAAUAAGGCAGCUGUAAUUAAAGGUUUCAGAAUUGGAGAUGAGACUCCAAAAAGUUGCCCACAAACUCCCAGAGAUCAAUCCCCUGCUAAAAGAGAUAGAACUCCUUCUAGAGCUGAUCAGGAAGACAAAGUAUUUACAAAAGUAAAAGAAAAUAAAACAGAUCCUAAUACACAGUACAAUAUUGAACGAGGAUCUGACAAAGAUCACCUGUACAUAGUUGUUAUAGGUCACGUUGAUGCUGGUAAGUCUACUUUGAUGGGCCGAUUAUUAUGCGAGUUAGGUGAAGUUAGCCAAAGAACUUUGCACAAAUAUGAGCAAGAGAGUAAAAAAAUCGGUAAACAAAGCUUCAUGUAUGCCUGGGUGCUAGACGAAACAGGUGAAGAGAGGGUAAGAGGUAUCACAAUGGACGUAGGAAGAGCCCAAUUUGAGACAAAAACAAAGAAAGUGAUCAUUUUAGAUGCACCUGGUCAUGCAGACUUUAUACCUAACAUGAUAACUGGUGCAGGGCAAGCUGAUGUUGCCUUACUUGUUGUAGAUGCCACGAGGGGAGAAUUUGAAUCUGGCUUUGAUCUUGGAGGACAAACUAGAGAGCACGCUUUACUUGUUAGGUCUCUCGGAGUCAACCAAUUAGCAGUGGCAGUUAACAAGCUAGAUACUAGUAAUUGGUCACAAGAAAGGUUUAAUGAGAUUACAAAAAAACUCAAAGCUUUCUUAAAACAGGCAGGUUUUAAAGACUCAGAUGUUACAUUUGUACCUUGUUCAGGUCUUACAGGUGAAAAUCUGGUUAAGGCUCCAACAGAAGCAGAGUUACUUAGCUGGUACAGUGGGCCAUGCUUACUUGAUGUGAUCGACAAAUUCAAUGUUCCUCAGAGGCCUGUAUCCAAGCCUCUCCGCAUGUCUAUUAAUGAUAUAUUCAAGGGCACAGGUUCAGGAUUUUGUGUAGCUGGUCGUAUUGAAAAUGGUGUGCUCAAUAAAGGUGACAAAGUACUUGUUUGUCCAUCAAAAGAAAUGGCAGAGGUCCGAAGUUUGAGCAUCAAUGAUCUAACAAGUAAUAGUGCAUUUGCUGGUGACCAAGUUAGUGUCACUUUAUCUGGUGUUGAAAUGCAGAAUGUGGCAGUGGGUUUCAUACUAAGUGAUCCAAUUCAACAAGUCCCUGUUACUACCCGCUUUGAAGCAAGAUUAGUUGUUUUUAAUGUAAAGGUACCUAUAACUAAGGGGUUCCCUGUUUUAAUACACCAUCAAUCUUUAGUGGAGUCUGCAAAUAUUGUAAAACUUAAAGCAUUAUUGAAUAAGAGCACUGGAGAAGUGAUGAAGAAAAAGCCCAGGUGUUUGGGAAACAAUUCUGUAGCUGUUGUAGAAAUAGAGGCCUCCAAACCUAUAUGUAUUGAGCGAUACAAAGAUGUCAAGGAAUUAGGACGAGUGAUGCUUCGUGUUGCUGGUGUCACAAUCGCUGCAGGCCUUGUGACCGAUAUAAUUAAUAUUUGAUUGAUCUGAUAUAUUUGUAUAAAGUAACGUUAAAAUGCCAAGGUUUUAGACAGUAAAUACAAAAGUAUAGUAAAAUGUAGUACAUUAUAUUACUCAAGUGCCUUGGUAUUUUAAUAGUAAUUGUGUACAAUGUUGUAUCCUGCUAUAAAUAUAAAUUAUGUUCAUAAUUUUUGCUAUUUAUCUAAUUAUUUUUAUUAUUAAUAAAUUGUUAAGAUAUAGAAAAUAA